AUGGGCCACCUGGAGCCCCAGUCAUGUUGGAACCACAGAGAGAAGGUGCCCAGGAGUGAGUCCACGGGGGGAAUGGAGGAGCUGGGGAGGGAGAAGAAGGACAUCUGUGCCAGAGACUGGGCUUCCGGGAAGCAUAGCUCCUUCACCUUGGCCAUGGACAAGCUCAGGGAGAGUAAGCGCCGGUUGAAGCCACCCCUUUCACCCCUCAAAUGUGCAGACUCUCCGACUUGGAGAACAGAUGUCCCUCUGCCUGCCCCAGGGACCUGGAGUCCCAGGCACCCCGUCCCAAAGGCCCAGGAGGAGGAGGAGGAUAGCUAUGAGCUGCCUCCCUGUGAGGCUCUGCCUGUGAAUCUAGCCCCUGCCCGCCUUCCUGGCACUGUGGAGGAAUCUUUGUACCUGGAUCAUUCUGGCCUCCUGGGCCCGUCCAAGUCUCCGCCGCCACAGCAGCUCCAGCCCCAGCCCGCGAUGCGGAUGGCAGCCCUGAGCCUGCGGGAGGCCAUGAAGCAGGGCCAGUCCUCCAGGAGGCGAGAGCUGAGCGCACCAGCCCGAGUGGGGCCAGGCUCUGCGAAGCAAUGUGAAGAGGACAUCUACCUGGAGUGUGAGCCCAGUUCAGUCCCUGCCUGGCCUCAGACUCCCAGCUCCCAAGUCCUGAUGCCCCCAGCCCCUCUGCCAAGGACAUUAUCGGCAGUGCGCAGGCCCUCCAUGGCCCCCGAGGAAGCUCUGGGUGGAGCAGCGAACGCCGCCUCCAAAGCCCAGCUCUGUAAUCUGCUCCCAGCAGGAAGGCGUGCCUCUCUUUCCUCUGCAGCCCCCACCGGAAGAACCUCGGCUGCGGAGGACGGCAGCCUGCUGGGUCAGCCGUGGUUCUCAGAAAACUGUGACCGUCACACUGUCGAGAGCGCCCUGCUCCGAUGCCAAAAGGAUGGGGCCUACACCGUGCGCCCCAGCUCGGGGUCUCGUGGCUCCCAGCCCCUCACCCUGGCAGUGCUGCUCCACGGCCGGGUCUUCAACAUUCCCAUCCGGCGGCUGGAUGGUGGGCGCCACUAUGCCCUGGGCCGGGAGGGCAGGAACCACGAGGAGCGCUUCUCCUCCGUGGCUGCCAUGGUCCAGCACUACAUGCAGCACCCCCUGCCCCUCGUGGACAGACACAGCGGCAGCUGCCAACUCACCUGUCUGCUCUUCCCCACCAAGCCCUGACACCCAGCAGACGCCCACACCCACCUCUGGCCCCAUCAGUUGCUCCUUGCCCCAUCCAUCUGUCCACCUGGGUUGUCUCCCUCUCUCCACCCCUC